AUGAGGAAAUCCGCUCUUCAACUCCGGCCUUUGAGACCUAGAAAAUAUGUGGAGUCCGGACCCAGGAGACAUUACCUCACUGAAAGGAGAUCUAUGAGGAUCGAAAAACUAAUACGCAAGCAACAUGGAAAACCACUCGAGACUGAUGACGACGAGGAGGGAGAUGAGGAGGAGGACGAAGAAUACAAUAUUUAUUUCUUAGGAGGUGGAGAUGAGAAAAAUAAAUAUACCGAGGAGGAAGACCCAGCAGAUGAUAUAGGACAAGGCGAGAGGGGCUUUAGGGAGUGCUCGCUCUGGGAGGAUAAAAGAAAGGAGUUUGAAGACAUGCUGCAUGCUGCUUUCACAGACCGCGAUGGUGUGUUAUACCAUGAUAGGGAUUUGGAUACAAGAAUUAGCAUUCCGAGAAUCACAUUCUUGUGGUAUCAAAGAAUUAGAGGGCGAGUGGGGCGAUUUGGAGAUGAGCUUCUGAUGCUGGUUUUCUUUGCCACUGCACGCGCUUCGAUAGCUUUGGGUUAA